AUGGUGGUAGCAACUCGUUCAAGCUCGAAUAGCCCCGUUAAGAAGCGCUCCGCGGACACCACAGAGGCCACCACCAACCCACAACGUCAAGACUUGAAGCAUUUCAUUCUCCCGAAAGAUAUAUCCUCAGAAGCACGCUUCCUCCUCUUGCAAAAUCCCUGCGAUGGAAACACACAAAGAUUUCUGUUCUGUCCUGAAAAAGGGCUGUUCCACUUCAGCGGAAUCAGUGCGCCCACGGCAGACCCUCGAAGUCUUCUUUUCGCUCCAUGUGAUCCUGAAACUCUUCAGACCAACCCGACGGAAGAUGAGAGUCAAUCGGAACGGUUAUUGAGCAAGGGAUACAUAAGCAAAGGUGCAGACUUCUAUGUGGCAGCGCCAUUCGACGUGGCCUUUAUACUUAUCCCUCUUAUCUUGCCGGCGAAGCCGACCGCAGCGAAAGCUCUGUUUCAGCCGAUCGAUGAUCUCUUUGAACAGCGAAAACAGGAUGAUAAAGAGCUACGGUAUCUAUUGGAACGUGGACGGCCCGUGGUAGAGAACGCCAUGUCAAGAAUAUGUGACACUCUUGAAGCCGGAGGCGAGCAGAUGUACAGACCUAGCGAAGAAAAAGCAUUACGCAUGAUCGUCCAGAAGGUGAAGAAUGCUGUCAACAGAGGACUACCAGCUAGCGUGCUGGAAAAGUUUGUGAAAAGAGCAUUGGAAGCACCUAUACUUAGCGUGAAGCGGGAGGAGACGGUCACAACGACACAAACAGUGCCCUUGUCUGUGGAGGAAGAUGAUUCUGCGCUUGAUAGCUUGGACUCGCAAUCCUCUGCGGCGAGCACGGCGCACUCUACGAUCUUCUCCGAAGCCUCGACGACAAGUUCGAUUAGCACUGCCGUUGAUGAACCAACAUCUAAAGAGCUGUUCGAAUUGCAGAAACAGUGGGUCACUUUAGACUUCAUCCUAGCUUCCUACCUGCCAGAAGCAAUCGCGGACCGCCUGAAAGCUCGAUUUGAAUCAGGGGAUUCUCUGAUCAACUUUGCUGCCUUAAAGGACCAUCUCCGAAACUUGGAUGGUCUUAAAGCUGAGGCACUAGCGUCGAGAUCGAUGAGUGAUUUCAGCAGGAAGCGGGGAUUGGAAGAUGAUGAAGCGCUGGAGUUGAGAGUGGAGAAGAAGCGGAAGCAGGAGGAAGAAGAGAGGAAGAGGAAGCUGGGAGAGUCAAGAGGAGUGCGCGAACUAAAGAAGGUCAAUGUUUCAGGAAUGAAGAAGAUGAGUGACUUCUUUGCGAAGAAACCUGCCACGACCGUUCCUUGA